AUGGUCUUUGACGUAAAUGGCGAUUUUGUGGAAAAUGAGCAGCAGUUUGUUGAGGCUGCGCGCAAGAGCAUUAACCUCACAAUAAAGCUGCAGAAUACAUCUGGCAUGUCCGAGCUUAUCGCGCGAGUCCUAGAAGAUGAUGAUCGGCGUGCAAGUGGUACGAUUUCAACCUCUGCUCUGGACUUCGAUGAGCUGCUGCGCACAACACCUCGCUUCAAUUUCCUUUCGGGUGACCAUCCGCUUUUUCGCCGCUACAACAAGCGGCUUUCUCAGCAGCGCCAAGCAGCGGCGCUCAUUGCACAAAGAACUGCGGAGGCAGAGCUUCAGCGGCAAGUGGAAAUCAAGGAGCGCCUUAGAAGAGCUUUGGAGGAGGAAGCCGCUCUACAGAAGAAAAAGGAGCAGGAGAAGGCGGAGCGCCAGCGGAUGAGAGCGGCACAGGAGCCGGCGCGGUUCGUGCCCGAAGAGCCUUUUCUGAAAAUUAUCAAGGAUGAGAGCGCUUUUGGUCAAGUGGAGCGGGAGGUCAAAAGGUCUGAACCGCCUGCUGAACCGAAGGUAGAGAGCAAGACAGAAGUUGCCACAUCAGAGGCUAUCACGAAUACUGCAACCGGCACAUCGACGACGCUGUCAAACGAUGUAGCUGCUACAAUAUCAGCAGAAGAACUGCUGGUGCUUGUUGGUGUGCCUACCGAGGCCAUGGAAACUACCACACCUGCCUUAGAGGACCUUGCCGAGGCCAUUGCGCUGCCCCUACCAGAAAAUACAGCCACUUACGUGGCCCUCCCGGCCGAGGAGUAUACGCUCUGUUCUGGUGAGCGGGUAGUUAGUAUUAUAAAGAAACGCUCUGGUCCGAUUCCCGCACCACCGCCCGGAAAGCCGCCUGUGAUCAACAAAGCUGCCGCUAGCCGUCUCAAUGAGCCGGUCAAAAGAGCAAAACCUGUUGAGAAAAUGGUGCGCCAGCGCACCCCUUCCAAUGAACAGCCAUACAAGAGUCGACACCGCUCGCGAUCACCGCGCUCGCGACGGAGGAGCGAGAGAGACCACUCACCGAAGACACGUUCACGACACCAUCGACGUGAUGACCCGUCUUCACACCGGUAUCACAAAAACUCGCGCGACUCAAAACAUCGGCGCUAG